UGUGAAUAGCACAUGUCACACACAGGAUAGAUCUUGUCUGUACGGAUGUGUCAAAGGGUUCUACGGAAGUUUCUGUACCAAUACCUGUGAGUCGUGUCUCGACGGUAUCUGCAACCAAACCACAGGCAAAUGUAGCAAUGGGUGCAGAAACAAUUGUUCGUCGUACGACUGUAUGGCAAGGGUGAACUGUGAUCCUUCCAUUCUACAACGAGACACGAUGCCAGGUUACAAACCCAAAGAGACUACGCCAGUCAAUGUUUCUCCUUCAGAUAAAGCUGAUGGGAGAACAUCUUACGUUGUAAUGUCAACAGCAGCUUUAGUCGUUGCCGUCAGUGUUGCAGUUGUGUCAGUCGUCAGAAAGAUUUGUAGACGAAGAUCGAACAACAUCAGAGUACAGGGCGACCAUGACUUAUCACCAAGACGUGUCCACACAUCAAGCGUGACGUACGAAACUCUCCAUAGAUACUGGGAAAUUAGUGAUGCUGAUGUUGGAGCUUCUGCAGCUGCAGUAAUGACAGCAAAAGACACCGGUGACGAGACCAGCGGUGCCAUGGCAGCUCUUGCAGACGUUUUCUGUCCAAACGUUGACGAGCAGACCAGUCAUAAUGAAACACCAGAAGAUUUGGUUUGGAAUUAUUGCUCAUAUUCUCACUUAGGGACAGAUAGAGUUUCCGAGACUAAAACACGUAAUCGUAAGACAAGAACACUUGUUAGGUACUUAACACCUUCCAAUAAAAUAUGUCAGUUUAAAAAAACAACCAGUUUGGAUCAUUGGCCAAUGCAGCCUUCUUCGGGGACAAAAGACACAACAGUGAAUACCAUUUGAACUGACCACUGACACUCAACGACGUGUACGGGAAAAGGUUACUCGACUCAGGAGUGUUCAACAUAUUCUAUAUUGUGUAGCUAUGAUGAUGUCAUCUUUGUGCCUUGUACACUGAAGUACAUUGCCAUUGUAAACCAAUGUGUGGACAUGUGCCUCUUUGAAAAUGUAUUUUGUGUAAAUUUGUAUAUAUUUGUAAUUGCCGUAGCAACAUGACCGUUUCAAUGAUUAAUGCCCGUCCAUUCAGUAUGAACUGCUUGUACUUUCCCAUAUUAACACCUUGGACUAAUGAAUAUCUGUUGUCCGAGAGACUAAUAUGUUUUGUCAGACUUGUGUUGGGCUUGUACAUAGUUUAUUUUGGCUCUGCGCGACCAGGGAGAGUCGUUCCCUCUGCCUCAAUGUAUCUGUAUCUUACUGUGCAUUUUAAUACAUACUUC